AUGUCGGAUAGAGUGCUCGAGUUUUGCCCUCCGCCUUUAGUCCCGCUGGCAGACUAUCCAGGCACUGGAGGAAGUAUAAAUGGUAGAUUAUGCACGAGGAUUCCGAUGCCUCUUGGACUUGGAACCACAUACCCAUGCUGCGUUCCAUGUCCUGUUCAAGAUUGGUUGUAUCCAGAUAAUUUCUCGACAAUAGUAGACGCCGUCUCAUACGUCGCUCUUGCGAGCAUAACAGCAUGUAUAAUCAUGCUCCUAAGUUUCUGGGUCCUACCAACAACCCAGACGCAUCGGCAUUACUUGAGUGUCAGUUUGGUAGUCGCAGUUUUGAUAAUGGAGAUCCCAUUUAUCAUCGGAAUGGCUACAAAGGACAAGGAACAUAAAUGCAUCAACGAAAUUACACCUUACGAUAUGGCGAGCAGCGUCCCCUGUGCCCUCUCCGGCACUUUCCAACUUCUAGGCGGCUGGUGCGUCGUGAUGUGGGUGUUUCUACGAGCUCUUUCCCUCCAUCUACAGAUCUGCUGGCAAGUAACGCCCGGAAAGCCAUUCUUCAUCAUCUCUCAAAUAGUUGGCUGGGCUUUCCCUGCCGCGAUGACUGCGAUCGCUCUCGCCGUAACUGGGGUUUCACAAAGAUUUGGAAAUACUUGUCAUAUCAACACCAAAAAUGGGCUUGGAACAUUCUGGGGUCCGCUGUUGGCUGUUGCAGCUGCUGCAAUUGUAAUACAAUUCGUCACAUUCGGCUAUUGUAUCAACGUCUACCUUCGAAGUUUGUUCGAAGAUGCCCCGUCAACCGAAGGUGGCUCUGUCUCUUAUUCAAAUAGUCGUAUCUCGGCAACUUACACCCAAGCCCUGCGAAGAGUUAAGCGAGUUAUCGCCAUGCAAUGGCGAGGUAUCCUGGUUGUCAUCGUGGUGAUCGUCGAUGUCAUCGUUUUUGCGACCGUAUUCCUGCAGUUUGAGGGAACGACCGAGAAAACCCCUGCAAAUAUUUCACGGGCCGGCGAGUGGCUAGAAUGCCUCAUCCUAAACGGGGGCGACAAGAAUAAAUGCUUGAGCGAGGGUGAAAAAAUGGUUGUACCAGAAGCUACCGCCGCCGCCGUUCUCUUCCUUCUAUCGUGUAACGGUUUCUGGGUUGCAAUCUUCCUUGGCCGGUGGUCUAUGAUCACAGGCUGGUGGCACCUCGUUCGCAAAGAGAAGCCCAAUGAUGAAUUCGUCAGCUUGAGCGCCGCUCGUCCUAGUUCAUUCGGUCCAAACCCUCGUACCUAUGAAGAUCUACCUUCUUCCGCCACAAACUACAGCGCUACCGCUGAAGAACGCGAACAAUAUCGGGAAAACUACGCAAAAGGAGUUUAUGAAAUGGAAUAUAACAAGCAACCAUCCAUCCUUGUUCACGAGAGCUUUCGCCCAAAGAAAAGCGUUCAAAUAAAGAGAGCUUUGACCCAGCCGAUUGUUCCCACUAUUGGAAACGUAAAGAAAGGGUCUGGAAGGCCGCCUGUUGUUCAAGAGGACGAAGAGAUGGGAAAUAUUGGAUACACCGCUACAGUAACUGGCGGGUAUUCUCGACCCAUAAUGAGCCGAUCGGUCACAGCACCAAUCGGCCUUGCCCGAUCCAACUCAGUUCAAAGUAAAAACGAAAUCUCGAGUCAAGAGCAAGAAGCAUUGGAAUUGAGCGUUGCAUCCGCAACCCGUGGGCGACAGAACUCAAGACCGCCCUUUCCCUCCGCCCAUAGGAUAUAA